CUCUUCUCAAUCAAAACUAUCAUGACUGAUCUAACUCCUAAAUCCGUACUGGUAACAGGAGCAAAUGGGUAUAUUGGCAAUGCAACCGCACGGGCUUUCGUGAGAGCAGGAUGGACAACCUACGGUCUCGUGCGACAAGAAUCACUGCUGCCCUCCCUUAAAGCGGAGGAAAUCAUCCCCAUCCUCGGCUCGCCCGCCGACCAAACAUUUAUCGCCUCCCUCGACUUGAGCGUCGUCUUCGACGUGAUUGUUUCCACAACGGAGGAAAUAAUGAACUAUGUUCCACACUACAAUGAGGUCGUCUCCUUGCUCGAUGUACUCGCUAAGCGAAAUCAAAGCCAUGGGAAGAAGAAGCCUCUAGUCCUGUUCACGAGCGGCUGUAAGGAUUAUGGCAUGAUGGACGAGAUGUCCGAUUCGCCCGGCCUGCAACCCCACAUAGAAGAGUCGCCCAUAGCUCCUCCGCCCUUCGCACUCAAUCGCGCCACCCACGCUAUCAAGAUCUUUGAGCAUGCCUGCCUGUUUGAUGCCGUUCUGUUGCGUCCCACAAACGUGUAUGGGCUUGCCUCGUCGUAUUAUGGGGAUUUCUUGCGGCUGGCGAAAGAAGGUAAGGAGAGGGGCGUGCUGGAAUUCAGUGAGAACCCGAAGACUAUCUUGCAUGCCUUGCACGUAGAUGAUUGCGGGGAGGCGUAUGUGGCGCUCGCAGAGUUUCCGCACAGGGAGAAACUCAACGGACAGUGCUUUAACAUCUCCAGUUAUAGAUUUGAGACGCUAGAGGAGAUUGCACAAGCGUUAGUGCGUGAAUAUAACAUUCAGAAUGGGGUCAAGUGGUUGCCGGUUCCGCAGGGUCGUGCCGAUGUUGAUUUCGCUAGGCGCUUAAUUGGAUUCUCACAGUGGACUGGGAGCGACAAGUUGAGAGAAUUGACUGGGUGGAAGGAUCGCCGGGUUCUGUUUUCAAAGGGGUUGAAACAGUACAGGCUUGCGUACGAGGCUGCAAUUACAAGACCAGAAUCCAGAAGAUGAUGGAAAUUAGCAAAUGAGGACAAAGACUGCGUUGCUGAAAAGUCGUAUAUUUCUUAGCCAUGGCAAUAGAUGCGUCCCUCGAGUCAUCUUAUUCCUUUAAGUCGUUUUAUUCGACCUCCUGGUACUCAUUAUUUAGCCAACUCCUCUCCUAUACAUCAAGCUGAGAUUUCUGUGAAAUGGAACGGUUCCAAAGUUGGCUUUUAGAAAAUCUAGGCUUCUAUAAUUAGUCUAAUUCUACUAGAAUUAAAAGGUACAUACUAUUUGAAACUCAAUACUGUAAUAUGAUCACAACAGCCAAUUAUAUCUAGAAUGAUGGCCAUUAGCUCUAGGAUUGAUUGGUCUAGUGGCUAGUAACAGUUGCACUCAAGGUAUUAGGUGCGGCUCGGAAUUUCCCUGUUUCUACCUUACUCAAACUUUCCUGAGGCACUGUCCAGUACUCAGACAGUGUCCUGUGCCUGGGUAGUUUCCCCCUACCAAAUCUUUGAGUUGUGUG